CAUUAAUCUAAGAACGUGAGCUGAAAUAUUAUUUCACUUGAUCGGUUACGGAAGAGUUGUUCGAUCUUAUUAUCUAGGGUCGUGGAUUUCACGAGGUAUGCAGUGGCAGCGCGGCGAAUGUUGAGCAUCACUAUUCAUUAUUCAUAACUUCUUCAGUGUGGUCAAGUAUUUCGAUGCUUAGUCAUGGCAGGAAAACUGCAACCAAUGUUUUCUCACCCAUGACCUUUUUUUAUCUGAAACUAUAAUCAAUAAUAAAUCCCGAGAAAAACUGUAUACUAUUUAAUAAUAAAAACACAAAUAAUAAUAUUUAUAUUAAAGUGAACGUUUAAGUUCAUAAUGUUUUUCCUUUCUCCUCGUUAAUUGAACAUGUAAUUUAUUGUAAAUAGUAAUUUAAUAUCGUAACGAUGAAGUCCAGCGAAGUAGACGUGGUCAAGAUGAUCGAUGCUAACAAAAUGCGGAAGGAGAAAAAGUUGUCGGUAAGUUCUAUCAAUAGCAGUCCGGCUUCGGACUUGAAACCUCGAGUGGUGACUGUCAAGCAACAUGAUUCAAAAAAACUGUACACGCCGACUGCUAAAAAAGAAAAUACAAAAAAAAUUGUUCAAGAUGCAACAAAGGAAAUUCAAAACUGCAAUGAUAGUUCUGAAUGGCGCCUAGAUUUGAGUAAAUCAGGAUUGACCAAAGUGCCAAUAACCAUUAGGGAUGCUACACAAUUGACUGAAUUGUAUCUGUAUGGUAAUAAAUUGAUCACUUUGCCGUCUGAAAUUGGAUGUCUGACCAACUUGCAGACUUUAGCACUCAGUGAAAACUCUCUGACCUGUCUACCGGAUUCGCUAGCUAAUCUUACUAGUCUUAAAGUCUUAGACUUAAGGCACAACAAACUUACUGAAGUACCAGAUGUUGUCUAUAAGUUGGAUACAUUAACUACACUGUUUUUGCGCUUCAAUCGUAUACGUACAGUGAGUGAUGACAUUAGUAAAUUAGUCAAUCUAGUCAUGCUCAGCUUACGAGAAAAUAAAAUUAAAGAACUGUCAUCUGGUAUUGGUAAACUGGAAAGAUUAAUUACAUUUGAUGUGUCACAUAAUCAUUUGGAACAUUUACCAGAAGAGAUAGGAAAUUGUAUACAAUUGUCUACAUUAGACCUUCAACAUAAUGAACUUGUCGACAUUCCUGAAACUAUUGGCAAUCUUACACUUCUGACACGUUUAGGGUUAAGAUACAACAGAUUGAAAAUUUUACCAAAUUCAUUGAGUAAUUGUAAUCGAAUGGAUGAAUUUAAUGUAGAAGGUAACAUGCUAAGUUGUUUGCCUGAUGGUCUACUUGUUAACUUAAAAGAAAUGAACAGUAUAACACUAGCUAGAAAUAGUUUCACAGCAUAUCCUACUGGAGGGCCUGCACAAUUUAUUGCUGUAGACUCAAUUAAUUUUGAACAUAACAAAAUUGAUAAAAUACCCUAUGGAAUAUUUUCCAAAGCUAAUUACCUAACAAAAUUAAAUAUGAAAGAUAAUGCCUUGACAUCACUGCCAUUAGAUGUUGGUUCUUGGACCAAUAUGGUGGAGCUAAAUGUUGCAACAAACAUGAUUACCAAAUUGCCUGAUGACAUACAAUAUCUUCAAUCAUUGGAGGUGUUGAUCUUAUCCAACAAUCUAUUGAAAAGACUGCCAGCUACCAUAGGAAAUCUUCAAAAACUCAGAGUGCUUGAUCUUGAAGAAAACAAACUAGAAACAUUACCUCAGGAAAUUGGUUAUUUGCGAGAACUGCAAAAAUUAAUUUUACAAUCAAACCAAUUGCUAUCUCUACCUCGAGCAAUUGGUCAUCUCACAAAUCUGGCAUACCUUAGUGUCGGUGAAAACAAGCUUAGUACAUUACCUGAAGAAAUUGGUACACUGGAAAAUUUGGAGGCACUUUACAUUAAUGACAACCAAAGUCUUCAUCAUUUGCCAUUUGAACUUGCCUUGUGUUCCAAAUUGCAGUUGUUGGGAAUUGAAAAUUGUCCAUUGAGUCAACUUGGAGAUGCAGUCAAAGGAGGUCCAUCUUUAGUAAUGACUUAUCUCAAGGUAAAUGGCCCAUACCGUACUCUGUGAAAUAUUUUAAGCUGGUGUGGUAUUUCCAUUUGAUAUCUCUAACACAAUAUUGCAGUGAGUCUAAUAGAAGUUUGUUAAUAUUUGUUAUUGUGUUUAAAAGGUUUAUUUUAACACAGAUAUUGAAACUAUUUUAAUGGAUCACUAUACAGUAUUGUGAAUUAUACUUUGACUUCCAUUAUGAAACCAAGUAGGAAAAAAUGUAUUUUUAAUUCUUGGGGUUUUUGGUAGGAAUAAUAUUAUGUUCUUAUAAGUUGCAUCAAACAUGCGUAAGUAUUUGAAAUCAGAGGUGUUAAUAAUUUCUUUCUAGAGAAAUUAUUUUAAGAUGAGAGUUUAUAAAUAAGUGAUAUGUUUUAUUAAAUAAUUUUUCAAGAAAUAUUUAUUAAACGAUACAUAAUAGGUAUAUAGGUACCUAUUUUAUUUGUGUACAAUAAUAUUAUAACUUAAAAUAAAGUAUGUAUUAAAUAUUAAGUUAAAAUUUUUAUUUGUUAAUGAUGAAUGUAUGGACUUGACCGAUUAUUUUCAGUAUUUUAUUAAUUAAAUUUAAUAA